GCAAUAAUUUAUGUCACACAUGCAUACGUGGUUCACAUCUUUUUGUUUUCUCCCUAUAAAUGCAGGUUUGGAGCUGAAACUAUUUACACCAAAAAGUGGCUCAGCUUGUUGGUUCAGAUAAAGUAGAGUCAUUUAGAGUGGAUAUCUCAGAGAUUGAAAGAAGCUUGGAAUCAUCAUUCAGGGGCCAGGCUUCAAAUUUCAGGAGCAAUUCAGCCUUGAGCGCUUCUGAGAAGGACGACGCUGUAGAUGAGGACAACAUGUUGGCCUGGGCUGCAAUUGAGAGACUGCCAACAUUUGACAGAUUGAGAUCAUCUGUUUUUGAGGAAAUCAAUGGCGAUGAGGUCAACGGUAAGAGCACAAGGGUAGCUGAUGUUACCAAGCUCGGAGCUCUAGAAAGGCAUGCUUUCACUGAAAAGAUGAUUAAGCACAUUGAGCAUGACAACCUUCAAUUGUUGCGCAAAAUCAGAAAGAGAAUUGACAAAGUUGGUCUGAAAUUGCCUACAGUGGAAGUUAGAUACAACAAUUUUACCCUUGAAGCAGAAUGUGAGCUUGUUCAAGGAAAGCCUCUGCCUACUCUUUGGAAUUCUUUCAAAAGCAUGAUCGAGAACCUUGCCAGGCUUCCAGGUCUACAGUCAGGAUUGGCCAAGAUUAAAAUCAUUAAUGAUGUCAGUGGUGUAAUAAAACCUGGAAGGUAUGUCUAUGGGGCAGAUACUGAUCAGUUUAAAUAGUUAUACCCGUGUAAUUCAAAAUAAGUACGCCAACCACCU